AUGAAUCGUUUAUUUGCUACUUCGUUUGCAACCGUAAUAAAACGAACUCCAAUAUUUAUUAGUCAUAUAGAAAAGUCUUUCAUACGAACAUUAACAACUACUAGUAUUAAUUCAAAUAUUGAUUCAGCUAAAGAAUUAUUCCGACCAUUACCUCCAUAUCUUUACAAUGAUCCUUCUGUUUAUCAAUUAGAACGUGAAAAUAUUUUUUCAAAAAAUUGGAUUUAUGUUGGUCAACUUGAUAAAUUACAAAAAUUAGGUGAUUUUUUAUCAAUAACGGUUGCUGGAUAUCCUAUAUUUAUAUAUCGUAGUCCUUUAACAAAUGAAUUAGUUGCUUUUCAUAAUGUUUGUACUCAUCGAGCUGGUCCAAUUGUACCAAUAAAUUCAAAUAAUUAUGGUGUUGCUCUUUAUGGAAAUCAAUCUUUACUUAAAUGUCAAUAUCAUGCAUGGUUAUAUGAUUCUCGUGAUGGAACAUUGAAAGGUACACCAAAUUUUAAUUAUAAAUUUAAAUCCGAAGAGAAAAAAUGCUUAAAUUUGAAGAAAAUUGAUAUCGAAAUAUUUGCUGACCAAUUUGUUUUUGUUAAUUUCAUUGAUGCAAAAGAAAAAUUAUCUAUGAAUACAAUUUUUAGUGAUUUAUUAAAUGAUAUGAUGACAUUUCCUCUUAAUCAAUAUCGUCAUUUUGACAGUCAAAAUCAUUUUAUUAAUUGUAAUUGGAAAACUUAUGUAGAAAAUUAUCAAGAAGGAUAUCAUAUUUCAACUGUACAUCCAGUACUUAGUAAACUUAUUCAAUCAAAACAAUAUUUAGUUACUAAUAAAAAUAAUGCAUAUUCAAUUCAUUAUGCUCCUGCACGUAAUCAUGAAAGUGAUCAAGAAAAAUAUCUCUGGGCUUAUAUUUAUCCUAAUUUAGCUAUUAAUUUAUAUGAAAAAGGUUAUAAUAUUGAACAUAUUCUUCCAAUUGGUAAAGAUCGAACAAUGUUAUCAUAUGAUUUUUUUGUACGUUCAACUACUGAUGAAUCUCAAAUGAAAGAUAGAAUAGCAGAAGUAAAAGAAGCUAUUAAUAGAACAUUGCAGAUAACUAAUGAAGAUAAAAUGAUUUGUGAACAAGUACAAAUUAAUCUUGAUGCUGGAAUAUAUAAACCAGGAUAUUUAUCACCUUCUAUGGAAAAUGGUGUUCAACUUUUUCAAAAUAGAAUUAAAAAUGAAUUAAAACAUACGAAGUUACAAUGGGAAUAA